AUGUAUAGGGCUUCAUAUCAUGAUGGUUUGAAAACUUAUGGGAGAGAUUUGAUUAAACAAGCAGAGAAACUUGGCAGAGACAAGGAGAUAAAAAGAGUAGUUAGGAUUCUGUCAAGGAGAACGAAGAACAAUCCUAUUCUAAUCGGAGAAGCAGGGGUUGGCAAAACUGCUGUGGUGGAAGGUUUGGCUCAAAGGAUAUUUAACGGAGACGUGCCGAAUUUUCUUACUGAUGUAACACUCGUUGCCUUGGACAUGUGUGCACUGGCUGCUGGUGCAUCCUACCCAGGACAAUUCGAAGAAAGAUUGAAAGAUGUGUUGGAAGAGGUUAAGGAAGCUCAAGGCAAAAUUGUUCUCUUUAUCGAUGAGAUCCACAUGGUUCUUGGUGCUGGCGGGGCCAUAGAGGCUGCCAAUUUCUUUAAGCCUAUGUUAGCUAGAGGCCAGCUUCGUUGCAUUGGGGCUACUACGCGUGACGAAUACUCAACAUAUCUUGAGAAAGAUGCUGCGUUUGAGAGAAGGUUCCAGCAAGUCUAUGUAGCUGAGCCAAGUGUGCCUGAGACUAUCAAUAUAAUUCUUAGAGGGCUUAAAGAGAAAUAUGAAUUACAUCAUGGUGUCUCUAUCCAAGACACAGCUCUUGUUGUUUCUGCUCAGUUGUCUGCUCGUUACAUUACUGGUCGAAAAUUACCGGAUAAGGCUAUUGAUUUGGUUGAUGAGGCUUGUGCAUAUGUAAGAGUCCAGCUUGAUAGUCAACCUGAAGAAAUUGAUGACUUUGAAAGAAAGAGAAUGCAGCUAAAGAUAGAACUUCAUGCCCUCGAAAAGGAUAAGGACAAAGCCAGUGUAGCUCGUCUUGUGAAGGUGCAGAAAGAGCUUGAUGACUUGAGGGACAAGCUUCAGCCUCUUACAUUGAGAUACCAAAAUGAGAAGAAGAUAAUUGAUGAGAUUCGCAAGCUUAAACAGAAACGGGAAGAGCUCAUGUCUGCUCUAAAGGAGGCUGAGAGGCAACAUAAGCUCCCUAGAGCUGCUGAUCUAAGAUAUGGGGAAAUUCAACAAGUGGAAUCUGGACUAGCAAAACUAGAAGAGAGUUCUAAAGAGAACCUAAUGCUUACGGAAACUGUUGGGCCGGAUAACAUUGCUGAGAUAGUGAGCCAAUGGACUGGGAUUCCAGUGACUAAACUUGACCAGAACGACAAGGAGAAGCUAAAUUCUCUUGCUGAUAGGUUACACCAGAGGGUUGUUGGACAAGACCAAGCGGUGGACGCUGUGGCUGAUGCAAUUUUAAGGUCGAGGGCUGGACUUGGACGUCCACAACAACCCACUGGUUCCUUCCUCUUCCUCGGUCCAACUGGUGUUGGCAAAACUGAGCUAGCUAAGGCUCUCGCUGAGCAACUCUUUGACGAUGAAAACCUUUUGGUUAGGCUUGAUAUGUCAGAGUAUAUGGAAAAAUACUCGAUUACUCGACUCAUUGGAGCAUCACCUGGGUACAUUGGUUAUGAGGAAGGUGGACAAUUAACUGAAGCUGUGAGGAACCGACCUUAUUGCGUUGUACUAUUUGAUGAAGUUGAAAAGGCCCAUGUUUCUAUAUUCAACAUACUACUUCAAGUGCUAGACGAAGGAAGAUUAACAGACUCGCAAGGGAGGACAGUCGAUUUCAAAAACUCAAUGAUAAUAAUGACUGCAAACAUUGGUGCUGACCACCUUAUCUCAGGCCUUACAGGUGAAGUGACAAUGCAAGUGGCUCAAGACCGCGUGAUGAAAGCUGUGAGAAAGCAUUUUAGGCCAGAGCUACUAAACAGAUUGGAUGAGAUAGUGGUGUUUGAUCCUCUGUCGCAUGAGAAUUUGAGAAAAGUGGCUCAGCUCCAAAUGAAGAAUGUUGUUAUCAGGCUAGCUGAGAAAGGUAUAGCUUUGGAUGUCACAAAUGAUGCAUUGGACUACAUUUUAGAAGCUAGUUACAACCCGGUAAACCUCUGAUCCCUGCUUCUCACUUAAAAGUAUGUUAUGCUUAAGUUGUUAAAUGUUGUAUGAUUAUAUAUAUAUAUAUAGGUGUACGGUGCUAGACCCAUUAGGAGAUGGCUGGAGAAGAAUGUUGUCACAGUCCUGUCGAAGAUGAUUGUGCGAGAAGAAAUCGCUGAGAACUCGAUUGUGUACAUAGAUGUAAGCGCAGUAAAAGCUGGUCUUGUCUACCGAAUUGGUAAGACCGGAGGUUUUGUUAAUAAGAAGUCAAAGAAUGGUGCACAAAACAAAAGAAAAAGAAGUCAAAGAAUGAUGAAGGUCACAUCGUGAAGAAGAUAAAGAUUGAAGAACGAUGAAGAAAGAUUGGAAGUUAAUCCAUAUUGUUUUAGACCCUAGUUUUUUGGUGUUAGUUUGAGUUAUUCAACUAUUCUACAAAUAGUAAUCUUACGUAAUUUAUAGUCCAGGUUAGGACGUUUAGAAUUAGAACAAUCCGUAAUUUUGACUAUUUGAUAUAAUAAAAGUACUUUCUUCAAUUUGAAUAUUUGGUUUUGUGAA